AUGUCACUUUACGCCAAGACCCUUUUGACCAUCACAGUGAUCCUCGGUACCGUGGUGCCAUUGAUCUACGUGCACACCAUGGUGCCUGCAAUGAUCACGGUGAUGGCCCUGCCGCUCUACUACAUCAUCGUCUGCAUCUACGAGCGGUACCGCAACACCUCAGUGCCAAUGCGGUAUUGCUUCGCCUCCGCCAAAUCGGACAUGAACGGCUUGGUCACUGACGUCAUGUCCAGCACUGCUGCAAUCCGCGCCUAUGGCGAUGAGAAGCGUCUAUCCGAUGAGAUGUGCGUUCAAGUGGACAAAACUCUCAAGGUGUGCAUGAUGAGCAACAACGUGCUGAAGCGAUGGCUGGGCAAUCGCGUGCAGUUCUUGUGGAGCUUCUUAACCAGCACUACCUAUGUGGCGGCCCUUCUGUACCCGGACAAGGUCGGAGCAGGAACACUGGGGAUUUGCAACUUGGCUGGCAGUGCAGAUGCUGGGGAACCGCAAACCGCAAAAUGA